GGACUCGAGCCCGUGAUGUCCGGCACCAAAUCGGACGACUCACCCCCUUGUCGCAACUGGUCCUCGGAGCUGAAUGCAACUCAAGAGCCCUUUCUGAGCCCCACCGACUAUGACGACGAGGAAUUCCUGCGGUACCUGUGGAGGGAAUACCUACACCCCAAAGAAUAUGAGUGGGUCCUGAUCGCCGGCUACAUCAUCGUGUUCGUGGUGGCCCUCAUCGGGAACGUCCUGGUUUGUGUGGCAGUGUGGAAGAACCAUCACAUGAGGACAGUGACCAACUACUUCAUAGUCAACCUUUCCCUGGCUGACGUGCUCGUGACCAUCACCUGCCUCCCCGCCACGCUGGUUGUGGACAUCACCGAGACCUGGUUCUUUGGACAGUCCCUCUGUAAAGUGAUCCCUUAUUUACAGACCGUGUCGGUGUCAGUGUCCGUCCUCACACUGAGCUGCAUCGCCUUGGAUCGAUGGUACGCGAUCUGUCACCCUUUGAUGUUCAAGAGCACGGCCAAGCGGGCCCGGAACAGCAUCGUCAUCAUCUGGAUCGUGUCCUGCAUUAUAAUGAUCCCCCAGGCCAUCGUCAUGGAGUGCAGCACCAUGCUCCCCGGGCUGGCCAACAAAACCACCCUCUUUACAGUGUGCGACGAGCGCUGGGGAGGUGAAAUCUACCCCAAGAUGUAUCACAUCUGUUUCUUUCUGGUGACAUACAUGGCACCACUGUGUCUCAUGGUGUUGGCCUACCUGCAAAUAUUUCGUAAACUCUGGUGCCGACAGAUCCCUGGGACGUCAUCUGUCGUUCAGAGGAAAUGGAAGCCGCUGCAGCCGGCUCCACAGCCUCGAGGGCCAGGGCAGCAGACCAAGUCCAGGAUCAGCGCAGUGGCUGCCGAAAUAAAGCAGAUCCGAGCCAGACGGAAAACAGCCCGCAUGCUCAUGGUGGUGCUUUUGGUGUUUGCAAUCUGCUAUCUACCCAUUAGCAUCCUCAACGUGCUAAAGAGAGUAUUUGGGAUGUUUACUCACACAGAAGACAGAGAGACUGUAUAUGCCUGGUUUACAUUUUCCCACUGGCUUGUGUAUGCCAAUAGUGCUGCAAACCCAAUUAUUUAUAAUUUUCUCAGUGGAAAAUUUCGAGAGGAAUUCAAAGCUGCGUUCUCCUGCUGCUGCCUGGGGGUCCAGCACCGCCAGGAGGCCCGGCUCGCCAGGGGGCGGACGAGCACCGAGAGCAGAAAGUCCCUGACCACCCAGGUCAGCAACUUCGAAAACAUAUCAAAACUCUCAGAGCAAGUCGUGCUCACCAGUAUAAGCACACUCCCGGCAGCCAACGGAGCAGGGCUGCUUCAGAACUGGUAG